AGGAUUCAUAGUGCGAUGUCUCGGUCCCUCCGCCGUGCCGGGGCCAGGCGCCAGGCUCUCGUCACCCACUCCCUGCAGAGCAGCGCGCCGCGCAGGGCGGCCCGGCGGCCUGCCGCCGCCUUUACCUGCUCCGGGCGGAAGUGCCGCUGCUCGGCCCCACCCCUGCGGUGCCAGGGCCGCUUCCGGCCGCUCCUCCCGCGGAUUGGCCGAGCGGGCGGCGCAUGCGCACGCUGCCGGGAGCGGGCGGAGCGGAGGCGGCUCGAGAUGGCUGAGGUGGAAGAAACGCUGAAGCGAAUCCAGAGCCAAAAAGGAGUGCAAGGAAUCAUUGUGGUUAAUUCUGAAGGUAUUCCUAUCAAAAGCACUAUGGACAACUCCACGACGAUCCAGUACGCGGGCCUCAUGCACAGCUUCAUCAUGAAGGCGCGGAGCACCGUGCGGGACAUCGAUCCGCAGAACGACCUCACGUUCCUGCGCAUCCGCUCCAAGAAAAAUGAAAUCAUGGUUGCACCAGAUAAAGACUACUUCCUGAUUGUCAUCCAGAAUCCAACUGAAUGAUUCACUGACUUGGUCUGGUAUUUUCCCUUUGCUCAACUGUUUUUUUUAAUUUAAUGGUAAUGAAUAGAGCGUUCGUGUUAACUCUGCUGUGUCACUUCAGCCAUGUCUGGGAAAACAAAAGCAGGUGGUUUUGUUGUUUACAAGCAGAAAAAGUGGCUUUCUUUAGUUUGUAUCGCCAGUUGUUUUGAGGACGAGAUGGUGAAUUAGAAUCAGGCAAUAAAAUUCAACAGAUUCUUUUAAUAGUUAAGAAGAUAAUAUAAUAAAACUAUAAUAAUGUUCUAAAACACAUUAUGCUUUGUAUGUUUCCGUGCUUCUGUCACCACUAUUUGAAAAAUGCUUUUACACUAUUACUUUUGAAUUACUUUUACACUAUUACUUUUGUAAAUAUGAAACUUGUCUGUCCUCUGGUUGUGUCUUAUUCUGUUGGUUUUACAAGUUACUUUGAAAGAGUCUGGCCAUAUCAAAUUAAAAAGUGUCAUCAGUGA